AUGUCAAGCAGUGCAGGACCAGUAGCGGGUGCAUGGGUUGCAGCCGGGAUUGCCACCGUCAUCCUUAUUUUGCGCUUCGUCGCGAAAACCCGGAUUCACCAUGUGCGCGCCGACGACUUUGUGAUGCUUCUGGCGCUAGUCUUGGCGAUUAUCGCAACAGUAUUACUGACGGUGGCCGUGCACUAUGGCUUUGGUAAAUCGUCAGCGAAUAUCGGUCUGGCUCACCAAAUUGAGGUGAUGAAAUUUGCAACCGUCCUUCAGGCAUUUUUGAUCGUCGCAACCGGAGUCGGGCGAUGCGCAUUCAUCCUUUAUCUUCUGGGAAUUGUGGGGACGGAGCGAAAGCACUGGCUUAUUCUUUGGUUCUUCAUCGCAUUACAGAUCAUCAUCAAUGGCAUCUCCGUGAUUCUGAUGUUCACACAAUGCCCAGACAUAAGAGCGCUUUGGAAUCCGGAAUAUUCUACAGGUUGCUUGCCCGCAAGUGUGCAGAGAGAUUACGCCGUGGUUCAGACAUGUAAGGCCUGCCUUGACCAAGCCAUCAAGAAACCAGCUAACAUCUCACCCCGAUCUUCCCCAGCAUUGAACUCCUUCACCGAUCUAUAUCUGGCCGUCUUUCCUUUAUUCAAAUUUUGGAGUCUGAACUUGCGCCUGCCUGUGAAGAUAAGCUUGAUCUUUCUCCUCAGUCUUGGCCUCCUUGCCAUGUUUGCUUCUAUAGGACGCACAAUCGAACUCAGCAAGCUGGAAAGCUUCACUGAUGGAACACGUCAACUUGUUCCACUCGCUGGCUGGACCAUCGCAGAGUGUUACCUCAUCAUUAUCACCGGAUCACUUCCCUGUCUUCGAUCUCUGCGCAGAACCAGCUAUGCUAUCGAGGUCACAGACUAG